AUGAAUUAUAAUGUUCAAUCAGAGACAAUUCUAGUGAUACCAAAUGUGGGAAUACAAAAUUCUAUUAAAUAUGUUUUUGGCCAAGAAGACAUUUUUGUGCCAUGGUCAAGCGUUGAUGAUGUUAUUAUAAAUGAAGUCAUUAAAUUGAAUAGAGUUUUGUACUAUCUUACACUUCUUGUUAAAACUGGAACAACUCAAGCAAAUCAAGAGUCUGAAGGCAUUAAGUUGAUACCAUUAUUCAAGUAUACAAAGCCGCGGCUUGUGAUGCUUGAAACAAUUUACUCCGAGUUACAAACUUUGUUGAUGGCUGCGCAGCGGGAAGGGUUUGAAGUUGGUUCCGGGGACAAAAAAUAA